CCGUUGAAUUUCGGUUUACGGCCGUUAAUUAGAUUUGCACUGAAAAUAGGCGUGCAGAGUGAUGUUAAUCGGAAUUAGAAACUUUGCGUGUCUCCUUCUUUCUCUCUUCCCCUUCUCUUCUGGUUCGAAGCGUCGCAUCGCGUCGCACCACACCACGACUGGACUGAACUCGACUCUACUCGACCGAGCUCUUAACAGUAGCAGCUAAACUUGCGUGUAGAACGCCACGCGCAUUCUCCGUGCAUCGCGCGAACGUCUCUCGCAACUGAGAACGGCGGAUUUUGCGCAUCACUGUGAUUCGUCGUUUUACGGUCCGUUUCAAAGUGUGAUUUUCCCGAAAAAAAAAAGAAAGCAAUUGUGCGCAAAUAAAAUGAUAAGGAAAUGCUAACGUAAUUUCUACAAAGGUGCGAGAUAGAAGUUGGCGGAGAGCGUUUGUGCUCCAAAUUGAAAAAAAAAAUAAAUAAAUAAAUAAAGUGUUUUAGUAAAGCUUCGAAUCUCACAAUGCUGAACUCUGAUCGCUGAAUCAACGGAGCCAGACAACGUAAUGGAAUUGCAAAUUUUACAAUAGUGCUUGUGAUCGCGUGAAAUCUAUUCUCGAAGCGAUCGCGAACGGUGUGAAAAAAGACUGUCUCGAAAAGUGAAUGCAACGAAGCAGUUUCUUCCUGGUUUUUCGCGUAUCUCUCGUUGCAAGCGAGUCGAGUGACUCGUGUACGAAGCGCUUGCGCGCGUGAACGUGCGAUAAGACGUGACCGAGGCGGAUUGUGAUCAGUUUCGAGGGCGAGACCAGUGAAUUCGCCGCUCACGAUUGGCGGAGAUUGUUUUUUUUAAACCGAUCCGGCCGACAGCUAUUUUUUUUCGGUUUCGACGCUCGCUCCGGAGGCCACGUGGGUGUUAUCGAAGAGAAUUCGCCCCGAGAGGUCGUAUGUGGGAGCGAUUACGCGAACGAGUUCAUUCAUCGUGCGGAUUCUAGCCCGCCGGAAGUGACGACGUGCGACGACUUCCUCGCUGUAGUGGUAGCGUGCGCGCACGGUGCCAAUCGAAUGCAUUGUGUACAUACACGCACGCAAACACGCGCGUAUUGACCUAGAGGAAGCGAAAAGAGAAGAAAGAGAGGAUGUCGACUCGCCGCCGGGCGACCACGACCGCGUCGUGCGGCGAGAUGCAGCGUCCUGUUGUCGGUCGACGGUCAGUGGCUCUUUGAAGGUUUCGCCUUAUCGAUGAUGGACAGAAUCGGACAGGUCGAGCGGGGGGCUGUUCGAGGCAAAGUCGAGUGGUCGAGCUUUAUGUCGUUAUUGCUUUUCAUCCGGGCGAUUCGCCACGGCCGGCACGAUUAUGCAGCUGAAGAAAGCGAUGCUUAAGAUAUUUGAUCAAUGCCUGCACUUGCGGAGCAUCGAGGAGCCGAGGAUGACGGCGGAGACGGCGGCUCCUUGUGUACAAGGAGUACAAGGAGCACAGAGUGGUAUAGCGAGCCAGAGCAUGUUGCAACAGGUGCAGGAUGGAAAUGGUGGCGGCGGCGGCGGCGGCGGCGGCGGCGGCGGCGGCGGCGGUAGCGGCGGCGCUUAUUAUUCCUCGACGUCGACUUCAACGAUAUACGAUCCGGAAUACUCUCGUAUGGAAUCUUGGCUCGACGAACAUCCUGACUUCGUCAACGAUUACUUUUUAAGGAAGGUGACACGGCAAACCGUGGACAUGUGGUUAGUGUCACACGCGACGCCGACUUCGUCGUCCAGCAGCUGCGUAGAGCUUUCAAGCCCGACCCAUGCUGCGGCUGGCAACUCGACCUCCGGUCGAGGUGGUGCCGGUGGCUCAGGAGCAACGACACCCGUACGCAAGAUUUCGGCGCACGAGUUUGAGCGAGGGGGUCUUCUUAAGCCGAUCGUCAACACAAUCGACGGCACGCCGACCUUCUUGAGCGUAUCGCCAGGAGACACGGGUCAGCCGGGCGGACCACAAGCCACAGGGCCCGGUAACUCGAAUCGAACUCAAAGACGAUCGAGACACGAACUGAGGCAUCUCGACGAGAAGGAUCUUAUCUUUGAGUUGGUGAAAGACAUUUGCAACGAGCUGGACGUGAGAUCGUUGUGCCACAAAAUCCUGCAAAAUGUCAGCACGCUUCUUCACGCGGAUCGCGGCUCGUUAUUUCUCGUCCAGGGGGAGAGAAGCGGCGCAACCACCAAUGCAUCUCCUUCUCAGGAUCACGAGGCCACCGCGGACAAUUCCGAUAACGGGAAUUUGCGACGUAACAAUCAAUCUUACUCGAGGAGCAGGUGUCUAGUCUCGAAACUUUUCGACGUUUGUUCGAGAUCGACGUUGUUGGAAAUGGAAAAGAAAGAUGAAAUCAAGAUUCCCUGGGGAACUGGAAUUGUCGGAUAUGUCGCUGAGAGCGGGGAACCCGUUAAUAUACCGGACGCUUACAAGGAUUCGAGGUUUAAUCGCGAGAUUGAUGCGUUAACGGGAUACCGUACGCGUGCUUUACUGUGUAUGCCUAUUAAAGAUUGCAACGGCGACGUAAUCGGAGUGGCGCAGGUGAUCAACAAACUCGGCGGCGAAGGACAGUUCACCGCGCAAGAUGAAAAGGUUUUCGCCAGUUACUUACAGUUCUGCGGUAUCGGUUUGAGAAACGCGCAACUCUACGAGAAGAGUCAAUUGGAAGUGAAGAGAAAUCAGGUUCUACUGGAUUUGGCUAGAAUGAUUUUCGAAGAGCAGAGCACGAUUGAGCAUAUGGUUUUUAGGAUCCUCACGCAUACGCAGUCGUUGAUUCAAUGUCAACGUGUCCAGGUGCUGCUCGUGCAUAACGCCUCGAAGUGGAGUUUUUCGCGCGUCUUCGACUUCGAGGCGAACGAUCUCACUGGCGAGGAUUCCGAUUCUCGCACUAGUCCGUUCGAGAGUAGAUUUCCUAUCAACGUCGGUAUCACGGGUCACGUAGCGACAACCGGUGAAACUGUCAACAUACCGAACGCUUACGAAGAUGACAAAUUCGAUCGUCUAGUAGAUGAAGGUACCGGAUUUAAGCAUCGUACGAUACUUUGUAUGGCUAUCAAGAAUUCCUCUGGUCAAAUAAUUGGUGUUAUUCAAUUGAUCAAUAAGUUCGAUGACCUGCCUUUCACGAAGAACGAUGAAAAUUUCGUUGAGGCAUUUGCGAUAUUUUGCGGGAUGGGAAUCCAUAACACGCACAUGUAUGAGAAGGCUGUGAUAGCGAUGGCGAAACAAAGUGUGACUUUAGAAGUGCUGAGUUACCAUGCCUCGGCGUCGUUGGAGGACGCGCAGAGAUUGAGAAGUUUAAAAGUUCCGUCGUCGGCGCAUCUUCAAUUGCACGAUUUCAACUUUGACGAUAUACACAUGGAAGACAAUGAAACAUUGACCGCGUGCCUCAGAAUGUUCCUUGAUUUGGAUUUUGUCAAACGUUUUCACAUCGAUUACGAUGUACUCUGUCGUUGGUUGUUGAGUGUGAAGAAAAACUAUCGGAACGUCACGUACCACAAUUGGCGACACGCCUUUAACGUGGCUCAAAUGAUGUUCGCUAUUUUAACAGCUACCCAAUGGUGGAAGAUCUUUGGUGAGAUCGAAUGUCUCGCGCUCAUCAUCGCUUGCUUGUGUCACGAUCUAGAUCAUCGUGGGACAAAUAAUUCUUUCCAAAUUAAAGCUUCAUCGCCGCUUGCGCAAUUGUACUCAACCUCAACGAUGGAACAUCACCAUUUCGAUCAGUGCUUGAUGAUUUUGAGCAGCCAAGGCAAUCAGAUUCUGUCGAAUCUUUCGCCGGAGGAAUAUUCACGCGUGGUGAAGGUUCUCGAAGAAGCGAUACUCUCCACUGAUCUCGCCGUUUACUUCAGAAAGCGUGGCGCCUUCCUCAAUCUAGUACGUGGUGGCUACAACUGGGCGUACAGUGGUGACCGAGAACUCCUGCGCGGUAUGCUAAUGACAGUCUGCGAUCUGGCCGCUAUUACGAAACCGUGGGAGAUUGAAAAAAGAGUAGCCGAGCUUGUUAGUAGCGAAUUUUUCGAGCAGGGCGAUAUAGAGAGGCGGACGCUCAAUAUUACGCCUAUUGAUAUUAUGAACAGAGAAAAAGAAGAUGAACUGCCAAAGAUGCAAGUCGGUUUCAUCGAUUCCAUCUGCCUUCCCAUCUACGAGGCGUUUGCCCAUCUGUCGGAUAAACUGACGCCGCUCGUUGAUGGGGUCAGGGAAAAUAAGCGGCACUGGUUGGAAAUCGCCGAGACACAGUGUCAAGCGGAGAUCUGUACGAACCAUGAUAGGACGUCGACGUCGGUGUCCGACAACGAGGAGACCAGCGAACAAGCGGACCAAUAGUUGUUACAUUGAUGUCAUCGGACAUUAGAAUUUGAACGCACAAAACGCUACUGCAGCGGCUAUCCGCCAUGUCAGAAAGAGAAAAAUACGGAAUAUAGUUUAUUAUCUUUACGGGCCGAUACCCGUUUUCCUCAUCUCAAUUGUCACGGCCUGUGUCCUGCGCGAAUACGAUUCAGGUAAUUCAUUUUGCACUACGAGACUUCGUGCUACUUCAUUUUCGUCAAUUACAUUUUCACGGAUUCUACAGAUCUGCUGAUCAGACAGACCAAAUAUACAACUUUCUCGCGCUGAGUCGUGUAUCUUAAUCAAAAUCUGUAAAUUUGAUAUAAGUUGAAGAAAUUUACUAAACAUGAUCAAUCGAAUAAUCUUGUGAAAUAUGAUGAGAAAGAUCUUUAUUCUCUCUCUUCUUUUGCUCUAUUUUUUCCUCCAAUCCUCCUCCUUCUCAUUCUCGUCCUUAUCCCCGCUUUUUCGUUCGUUUUCCUAAAAACUAAACCGAACUAAAUCUCCAUAUGCUACUAUUGUACCUGAUUAUAUUGUACAUAUAUUUACUGUGACAAAUUUUCGAUGCAGAGAGAGAGAGAAUAAAGAUGAGGAGAAAGAGGGACUUGAUUCUUUAAAAUGGAGCUGGCAUUUGGGUCGCAAUUUUCAACCGAUUUUCGAGGUGGAUGUCCAUUGCCUUUCCUUUACUACUGGCGUCUUAACAACGAGUCGUCAAACGAAAACGUUCCUUAAAUGAUGCUCUGCUUUAGAAAAGCAAUACUACUAUAAUUCAAGUAACAUAUAAUAGUAUUUAUUCCCCUGAGUUAUUCCCUAAGAUCUUUGAAAAAAUUCUAUCUUUUUAAAUAUUUUAUAAUUAAAAUUGUGUACUCUUAAUCGCGUAAUAAUUCCAAGAUACAUAAAACGCAAUAUACAUUUUAAAAAUUGAAAUUAUUGAUACAUCCCAUUUUAAUGCUUAAUUGGAUGGACAAUCGUACGUGUUUUUAUCCAAUAUCUUAUAAAAUAACAUAAAAAUAUACACAAGGAAAAAUGUAUAUAAUCUUGUAUGUAUCGUUCUUGAAACAGACAAUCGCAUGUCUCGGUUGGCGACUCGUUAAGAAUGAAAAUCCGUCGAAAGUUACUGUAUCCCUAAGUCUGCUCUGAAACUGUAUGGUGUGCAAUAAUUUUCGACGCGAUCGGACUCGUCGAAGGACACAACCGUACGAAAUAGCGCCUUUUAGAUUAUGUAUUUGUAUACCAAAGUGUAAAUUUAUAUAUCGAGAUCGAUCGCACGGUUACGAUCAGCCGGUAAAAUAGCCGAUUUCAAUUGAUCUGGGACGCGUGCUGAUUAAUUAACCGCGGGUGAGACGUAGUACCUGCCAGGCCUCUCAGUUUGCUUCGUCUUUUGCUUUUGGGUUUGAAGAUAUCGUAGAUUCCUCGGAUCGAUCUCGACCCCGAAUAGCCGUUUUCGUCUUCGCGUGAAGCUGUUGUGUCGCUAGAAGAAUAGACAACGCAAGAGCUAUACGUUUUUAGCAACAAAGGAUCGUCACUUUCGUCUUCAUAUUAUAUUCAUAACUCUGAAGUAGCAACAAAGUUUAUAGGCGCGGAGGUUCAGAGUUUUUUUCUUUCUCAUGCGUUCCACUACAUUUUCCUCAUUACAAUCCUCGCUACGUAAUACUUAAAAAAAAAAA